AUGCGUCUUCUCUCUCUCGCAGGGGCUAUGGCCCUCCCCUUGUGCGUCCUGGCUCACCCAACGCAUAGGACACGGGGAAUCGCUCGACGCGGCAUAGACUUAACCCCCUAUCGCCUACCGGGCAAUGCAGAGUAUACGAGCUCCAGGACGUCAGCUAUGCGCAGUUUGUUGUUCGAGCGUGCAGAUGGCGAGGAUUAUGUCGAAACAGCAAAGAAAGUUCUUCAGUCAGUCCAUCCCGACGCAACAUUCCGAGUCAUUGACGAUCACUACGUUGGAGACAACGGGGUCGCACAUGUGCACCUACUUCAAACUGCUCAUGGCAUUGACAUUGACAAUGCAAACUUCAAUGUGAAUAUCGACAAAAAUGGCAAAGUGCUGUCAUACGGAAACUCGUUCUUCAGCGGCAAGAUCCCAGAUUCCGAUCCGCUUACGAAGAGGUCGUUCUCGGAUCCUGUAGAGGCACUGAAAGCUGCCGCAACCGGGCUCGGUAUCCCCCUCACUGCGGACGAUGUGACUUCCGAGGGUCUUGAUGGCACUACAUCCUAUACCUUCAAGGGAACCAAGGGUGCUCUGUCUGACCCUACUGCCGAUUUGGUCUACCUGGCAAAGCCGGAUAAUACCCUUGCCCUGACCUGGAGAGUGGAAACCGAUAUGAACUCCAACUGGCUGCUCACAUACGUGGAUGCAGAGACCGCCGAGACCAUCCACGGCGUGGUCGACUACAUCUCCGACGCAACAUACCAGGUGUAUCCUUGGGGCCUCAAUGACCCUACCGAGGGCUCUCGCCAGAUUCUUGAAGAUCCAUGGGACUCCAAGGCCUCUGAAUUCACCUGGAUCGGCGAUGGCAAAGCGAAAUACAAGACCACUCGGGGCAACAACGGCAUUGCUCAGUCAAACCCGGACGGAGGGGAUGACUACCUGAACAAUCACCGCCCCGAGAGCUCUUCGUUGAAAUUUGUUUAUCCCUAUUCGCCUAACGCAACCAGUCCCUCAUCAUAUAUCGACGCCUCAAUCACCCAGUUGUUCUACACAGCCAACACCUACCAUGACCUCCUUUACACGCUCGGCUUCAACGAAAAGGCCGGCAACUUCGAGGCCAACAACAACGGCGCAGGUGGAAAAGGGAAUGACUUCGUGAUCCUCAACGCCCAGGACGGCUCCGGCACCAACAACGCCAUGUUCGGUUCUCCACCGGAUGGCCGGCCUGGUCGCAUGUACAUGUUCAUUUGGACAGAGUCGAACCCGCCUCGUGACGGCUCUAUGGAAGCCGGCAUUGUUAUUCACGAGUACACUCACGGCCUCUCAAGCCGUCUCACUGGAGGCCCCGCUAACGCCCGCUGCGUGGACGGCGAGGAGUCGGGUGGUAUGGGAGAGGGCUGGGGCGACUUUAUGGCGACGGCUGUGCGUCUGAAGUCUGGCGAUACGCGCCAGACCGACUAUACCAUGGGAGCCUGGGCUGCCAACGACCCCAAGGGGAUUCGUGACUAUCCUUACUCGACCUCCAUGACCAAAAACCCCCUGACCUAUGCCCACCUCAACAACGUGACUGAAGUCCACGAAGGUGGAACUAUCUGGGCGUCUAUGCUGUAUGAGGUUAUGUGGAAUCUGAUCGAUAAGCAUGGCAAGAACGACGCUCCCAAGCCCGACCUUAAAGAUGGCGUGCCAACCGAUGGGAAGUAUCUGUCCAUGAAGCUUGUGAUGGACGGCAUGGCUCUCCAACCUUGCAAUCCUAGCUUCAUCCAAGCCCGCGAUGCUAUCCUGGAUGCCGACGUCGCUCUCACCAAGAGUGGUAACCAAUGUGAGAUUUGGAAGGGCUUCGCUAAGCGCGGUCUUGGUGAGCGUGCGGCACUGAAGAAUGGCAUCCGGGUCGAUAGUUUUGAUGUUCCCAAGGGGGUCUGUUGA